CGGCGCUCGGAGCCGGCGGCAUGGUGGAAAACCCCAGCCUGGCGGCCAAACCCGCCCUGCCGGCCGCCCCGCCGCGGGGACCGGGGGCGGCGGGGGGGCUGCGCUUGGCGGCGGUGAUGGAGAGCCUGCAGCGGCAGCAGGCGGCCCGCCUGGCCCGCGGCCCCGACGGCGCUCCCCGACGGCCCCCGGCCGAGCCCGGCCCCAGCCCGCCGCCCGCCGGUCCCCGCCGCCGCCCGGCCUCCGGCCCGCGCCCGCCGCCCGCCGCUCCGGGGGAGGAGGAAGAGGAGGAGGAGGAGGAGGAAGAGGAGGAGGAGGAGGAAGAAGGGGAGACCCGCGACCCGCCGCCGCCCCCACACCACGAGUGGACUUACGAGGAGCAGUUCAAGCAGCUCUACGAACUGGAUGAGGACCCAAAACGCAAGGAGUUCCUGGAUGACCUCUUUGGCUUCAUGCAGAAGAGAGGGACACCAGUGAACCGCAUCCCCAUCAUGGCCAAGCAAGUGCUGGACCUGUACACCCUGUACCGGCUGGUGACAGACAAGGGUGGCCUGGUCGAAGUCAUCAACAAGAAGAUCUGGCGGGAGAUCACCAAGGGCCUCAACCUACCUACCUCCAUCACCAGCGCUGCCUUCACCCUCCGCACACAAUACAUGAAGUACCUGUAUCCCUACGAAUGUGAGAAGCGGGCACUCAGCUCUCCCGGGGAGCUCCAAGCUGCCAUUGACAGCAACCGCCGGGAGGGACGGAGGCAGACCUUCGGCACAGCACUCUUCAACUACUCGCCAGCCAGCACCCAAGCCCUGCUGGGCGCGCCCAAAAUGCCUCUGCCAGCUCUCAGCAUCUCCACACACACCUGUGGCCAGCUCAGCCAAGUGCACGGUGUUAAGAAAGAGGACGGCAUGCUGACGGCAGCAGUGCCGGGGCGCAUCGCUAUCCCCGUGGGACUGGCUGGUCACCACCUCACAGCAGCUCAAGCAGCAGCUGCCUCGCAGGCAGUGGUGCUGGAGCAGCUGCGGGAGAAGCUGGAGACAGGGGAGCCCCCGGAGAAGAAGGUGGCCCUGACAGCAGAGGAGCAGCAGCGGCUGGUGCAACACGCACUGCAGCACAACCUCCUGGCUGUGGCCUCCCAGUUCCCUAUGAACGUCAAGAUCUCCAACCGAGAUGACAGACAGGAGACCGCAUUGAACCUGUCCACCAACGGCAUUAGCAGUAUCAACAUGUCAAUAGAAAUAAAUGGAGUUGUCUACACAGGUGUCCUGUUCGCCCGCCGGCCCUCAGCUGCCCCGGCACCUGGUGGAGGGAGCACCCAGACCCGUCCGAACCCCAUGCCUGCCCCAAACCCCCUGCUCCCACCCUCCUCUCACAGCCACACUCCCACCAGCGCCUCACCGUAAGGCAGAGGCCUGAGAGCACCCUGAAAGCAGCUGGGGGUGCCCAGGGUGUGGGGGGCUGAGCUGUGGGACCCCACUGGGCCGCCACGGUGGGAUGGGGGACCCCAAGGUGCCUCUUGCUCCAGUACUGAGCUGUGUCCAUGCAAGGCCCUGAACACCCAGGUGGGCCCUUUUGUCCCUUGUCCCCGUGCGUGCUCUCUGACACGCACACACCUCUUCUUUCCCAAGGCACUGCCCCCAGGUGACCCCCUGUACAUCUCCUGCUGCCCUGCUGCCUGGGGCACCCCCUGGGACCUGCAUGCUGCAUCCCCUACAUCCUGCAGCCCCUGUACCCACCUCAAUGCACGCACUGCUGCCCCUGUACACACCUCGAUGCAUACACUGCACCCCCAGUGCACACACUGCAUCCCCUUGGUGCCCACGUGAGGUCUCCAUGCACACCCUCCAUGCAAAUGCUGCAGGCACAGUACUCUGCAGCCCCUGUAAACUGUAGCCCCAUAUACACUGCAGCCCCUAUAUAUAUACUGCACCCCCUACCCACUGCAGAUGCCCCUACCCAGUCCUCCUGCGCUGCCUGGGCUUGCUGCCCCUGCCCUGAGACACCCCCAGGGUGGUGGCAUCUCAGCCCCCCAGGUCCUCAGCUCAGGGGGUGUCACCCUGGUGGGGGCAAAUAAUGGGGAUA